CGCAGCUGAGUGACCUCAAAACUGACUCCUCCGAUCACUUGGUUGUACAUUGCGAUGCGUCCCCAUUCGUUUUCUGGCAAUAAUGUAUCGUUAAGUCACUCAAGGAUGUCCGGGAUCGCUUCGAUGUAGAGGAAUUUAGCAGGGGAACCAUCAGUGACGGUAUCAUCUCCAGAAGUUGCCAGGGUUGUCAGCACGGCGUGACUCUGUGUUUACAUUGUACGAGUCGGCACGUGCACGAAGAGCGCAGCGAUGAGUAUUGCGAAGGAGAAGAGCGCCAUUGUCAGGAAGAUAGCUCGUGCACAGCAAACUCAGCACGACAAGAACAAUCGCAGCAUCUUCACCCUAUCGUUGCCGGCCAUAAGACCAGCACGAGGACGUCACCUGAGAAAGAACCAGCAGAAAUUCUCCGCCAACGAGUUCCACCCGUCGCGCACCUUCGAGAGCAUCUUUCAUAGUCCGCAGUAGUUAGCUUUUAACAGGCGCUGCAUGCGCUUUCAUAAUGCUCAGUCUUUAAUUUUCCAGCUAGUGCACAUCCUAGUUCAAUGCUCAAGCCUUUUCCUACAGAGUGCA